AUGGUGUCCCUGCUGCAGCAGCAGCCGCAGCAGCAGCAGCAGCAGCAGAGGCCGCAGCAGCAGCAACUGCUGCUGCAGCAGCAGCUGCUUGCUGCCGUUGCCUCCCAGCUAGAAGGGGGAGCAGCAGCGGCGGAAUCCUCUGGGGGGGCCCCCCAGGGGGCCCCUCCCCGUACCCAAGCUUUGCUGGCUUCUCCCUUAUCUGCUGCAGAUGCAGCAGCAGCUCGCACCUGUUGGGCAGCUAUCCUCUCGGCUCUCUCCUCUAAGGCAGCUGCUGCUGAAGCUGCAGCAGCAGAGCAGCAGCCCCUAACCGCAGCAAUUCAUGUUACCUUGCAGUGUCUUCGGAGGUCCCUGGAUGAGCUGCAGCAGCAGCAGCAACAGCAGCAACAGCAGAAGAAGCAGCAAGAUGCUGAAGAUGCAGAAGGGAAUAAGGGGCCCCUUGUGGGCCCCCCCAUGUAUGUAUUAGGCAUGAGUGUGCUGCUGGAGUUGUUGUUUGCUGCCGCAGCAAAGGCCGAGCUGCUGCAGGGGGGAGAGCAGCAGCAGCAGCUGCUUGUUCAGCUGCUGCCGCUGCUGCAUGAUGCUGCGGGGCUGUCAGAGGCACCAGAGAGGUCUGCGUUGUCUCUGCUGCAGUGUCUGCGGACUUGUGGGGGCCUCACUGCCAGCAGCAGCAGCAGCAGCAACAACAGCAACAGCAACAGCAGCAGCAGCAGCAGCAGCGGCAAGAGCAGCAGCAAACCCAUUGUGGUCUUGUCUCGCGGCUGUUUCGAGGUGCUGCUGCGUGCUGCAGUGGAGGGGCAUCAUGUGACUAUUCAGGCAGCAGCAAAGCGUUUGCUGCUGCAGUUUUUGUCUCGCCUUUGCAGCCAGCUGCAGCAGGAAGAGGAGACAUCAGCAGCAGCAGCAGCAGCAGCAGUGGCAGGCGUUGGCUCUCUUAUAUCUGCGUUAACAAGAGCCCUCAAACAGCAGCAGCAGCAGCAGCAGCCGCAGCAGCAGCAGCAGAUGAUGCAACACAACAGCAAAGAACACCGAAUGCUACUGCUGCUGCAGCGGAUUCUGCCUCAGCUGCUCACCUCUAUCGGCCUGCGUCUCGAUGCUCUGCAGCAGCAGCAGAAGCAGCUGCAGCUGCAGCAGCAGCAGCAGGAGCUGCUGAAGCAAAAGGAACGAGCUGAGGCCCUCUGUCUCCUCUUGCUGCGUAAGGGCCCGAAGGGGGCCCCCCUAGCUGAGUGCCUGGAGACAGUUGGGGUCAUUCUAACGGAGCUGCUGCACCAGCGGCGCGUGCUGCUGCAGCAGCAGCAGCAGCAGUUGCUGCUAAGUGACAACCAGCAGCAACAGCAACAGCAGCAGCAGCAGCAGCAUCGAUCAGGCGUUUCUUCUUUGUCUAUUGCCUCUCAGCUCUUAUCGUGUCUUCUAUUAAAAAAGAAUAUUCAACCCAGCAGCAAUGCAGGCCCCAGAGAUGUUGCUGCCUGGUCUUCUGCUGCUGCUGCGGCUGUCUCUGCUAUCAUGCUGUGGGCUAGUGAGGAGCAGCAGCAGCAGCAGCAGGGGGCGGGAGCAGCAGCAGCACCAGCAGCAAAGCCAGCUGAUGCAGCAGAAGAGCAGCUGCUGAGCCUGAUGGAUAAGCUCACCCUAGAGGGCCCCGGACAGCCGCAGCCGCAGCAGCAGCAGCAGCAGCAGCAGCCGAAGGACAGGAUGAGCGUUUGCUUGUCGCUAGUGCAUCGGUUUGUUUCCUCUCUCACAAACAUAUUAAACAAAGCGACAGACCCAACAGCACACUCAGCAGCAAUUAAAGCUGCAAAGCGGCUCGUAGUGCAGCAGCAGAUAACAGGGGUGCCGAUUCACCAGGCCAUGGCCCCUUUCCUGAAGAGUUUGCUGCACUAUCGACAUAAAGUCCGCUGGCCGGAGGUCUUCAAGCUCUGCGGGGAGGAGUUUGCGGCGGUGGAGGUCUGCGCCUUCAGAGCAGCGCUAGACGGCCCCAACCCCAGCACGCUCGGUGUUUCGGGAGACGUGGGGACUUUGGAGGCGUGCUUAGACGAGUAUUUCUCCUCAGCGUUCUCCUCUUUGCUCCCCGUAGUCUCCACUCUAGGGGAGUUGCUGCUGGCAGCAGAGGGCACAGAGCAGCAACAAGAGCAGCAGCAGCAGCAGAAAGGAGCUUAUAGCAAAACCCCUAGCAAAUCGACUGCGUUCCUGAAGGCCAAGCAACAGGACCUACGGUUGUACAGGCCUCAGCUGGAGUAUGCAUUUGGGUCGGCUGUGCGUGUAUUUGGGUGUCUCCGCGUUCUAUGCGGUGACGGUGCAGCCCCCCGUCUGUCUCUGUCUCUUGCUGCUGAUGCUUCUCUCUCCUUUGAUGCAUUUGUUGAGAGGGCCAAUAUCUGGCUGCUGCCGUUGCUGCAGCGCUUCGUCUGCAGAGACCAACUCCAGUUCUUCCUACGCGAAAUCAUCCCCGCUGCUGCUGCAGUGCAGCAGCGGGCGGAGGAGGCUGCUGCAGCAGGGCAUACGAUAGAGAGUGGGGACUGGUCUCGGGUGUACAGACAACUGUGGGGUUUGCUGCCGGCCUUCUCAAACCAGCCUCUGGACCUAGCCAAGUGUCUCCGCAAGGAGACACCUCAGCCUGACGGUACGAAGGAAGGGGGCCCCCGGGGGGCCCCCCACGGCAUGCUGCUGGUGCCGCGGGUCCUUGAGCUGCUGCACGACUCCUUCUUGAGAGACGCUGCAUGCGCUACGAUUGGGGCGAUGGCGAAGUCCGCGUUGCCGCCAGGCGUGCAGACACCUGAGCUGCAGCAGCAACAGCAGCAGCAGCAGCAGGGCUUGAGUGUGCGGGAUCAUGCACCAGCAGCACAGGUUCCAUCUACUGCAACGGGACCGCAGGUGCUGCUGUUCUUGCGGCGGUUGGCGGAUGCCGUUGCUGCUGUUGCAGCAGGUGACGGCUCUUCCGCUGCAGUGAAGGCAGCAGCAGCAGCAGCAGCUCGUGCAGCGCGCACAUGCUGCCCCACAGACAGCAGCUUGCUUCCUGCUGCAGUGAUGGCAGCAGCAACAGCUGACAGCAACAGAAGAGCUCUUGCUGCAUACGCGGAGGAGACCCUAAGCUUCGUGACAGUUCGCUAUUUGCUGCUGCACAAGGACACAGCAGCAGCACCUGCAGCAGCAGCAGCACGGCCAGCAGAGGCAGCAUUUGCUGCUCUUACAGAGUCAGCCAAGGCGAAAGCGGCGCAGCAGCUGCUGCAGACAAUACAGGCCUUUGCUCCGCUCUGUCCUCGGGCUCUGAUGGAGACAAAUGCUGAGAGGUUUGCAGGGGCCCUCGCCGCAUGCAUUUCUUCUGUCUCCUCAAACACGGGGCCCCCCCCAUUGGCGCCGAAGGAAUGCGGGGCCCUCCUCGACGUCUGCGGGGCCCUCAGACCCUUCACAGCGCCGGACAUCGGAGCGAAGCUGUUCAAUACUCUGUUGACACUGCUGCGCCGCUGCAGUGCGGCGGUAAGCAGCAGCAGCAACAGCAGCAGCAGCAGCCGGGCGUUGCUGCGGACACUGCAGCGCAAGACGUACAUGUCUCUGAAGCAUGCUUUGGAUGAUGUUGGGGAGCACGAGGGGUUUGUUGCGGGCGUUGCGGAGCUGCUGGAAGUCUGGAAGGUCCUCAAGGAAUGUCGGGAGGCAGCAACAGCAGCAGGAGAUCUGAAGCAAAGGCUCAGCUGUCUCCUGGGGCUGCUGCAAGCCUUCGAUCGACGCCGCGAAGAAUUCGAACCAACCAAGUGGGAGGAAUUGCUCCAGGAGGUGUUGCCUGCUGCUGUGCCUGAGGUGUUAUUGUCUCUUAAGGAGAUAAACAAACGAAACAGGGAGACAGCAGCACAAGCCCUAGACACGCUCGCCACCCUAUGUGAAGGAAACCAGCUACACCUUUCUGCACUGGUGACAUACGUGGCUGCUGGCUUUGGAGGCCUUACGCCGGAGACUGGGCGCUCCAAAGGGGCCCCCGGGGCCCCACCCCUUCUCAAGUCAGCUGCUGCUCUCGCUCUAGGGAGGCUCUUUGACCUCUACAGCGGAGAGCUGCCGCACAAACAGGUGCAAGAGUGGGCGGAGGUGGGUUUGCUGCUCCUCAAGGAUCACAACAAGUUGGCCUUCGUCGCCGGCAUUCAGUUUGCAAAGGCUUGCAUUCGUGCUGGAGACAUGGAUGACCUUGCGGCCUGGCUGCCGUCGAUGCUGGCGGCCUUGAGCAACCCAAACGCUCCGAAGGCACGCAUGAAGAUUCGCCACUUGAUAGAGAAACUGUGUAAAGUCAUGGGGGAAGAGGCGCUGGAAAAGGCAAUGCCUGAGGAGCACAUUCCUCUGCUGCGGCAUCUGCUCCGCUCUGAGAGACGCAGGACCAUUCGCCGGCUCAUUCAUCAAACCCUGAAGGGAGCUGAGGAAUCUGGGGAGGAGAGUGAGGAGUCUGUAGAGGGGCGCAGGGGCCAAGAAGAAUCGGAGACAGAUGAAGACACUGAUGAUGAAGAAGGAGAGGGAGAGCUCCCUCCUCGCCAUCAGAAGCGGGCGGGAGGAGACGAUCCCCAAGUGCGCGACAAUGGCGUAGAGGCUGUGGGGCUGAAGUCUUUGCUCGAUGCAUUUGAAGAGGAGAGUGACAAUGAAAGGAAGAGCAGACGCAAGCGUCAUUCCGUGCCUUCUUCUGGCCAGAGUUUGAGUGUAUUUGAGGCGGCUGAUGGUGUUGAUGCAACUUCAGCUGUAUUGGACUUCUGCGGUGUAUCGGCAGCUCGCCAGAUACUUGUGGGCAUGCAGCCCCAAAAAGACAGGAAAACGCAUGCAGCAGCAAGAGGCAUAAAACGGGAGACAAAAUUCAGCCUCCUCCCUCUUGAUGAAACAGGAAAAAUAAUUAUUCAGGAGGAAGAAGAAGAAGAGCAACCAACCGAACCAGCUGCUAAGUUCCAUAUCGGUAAAGACACCGGCCGCUCGAACCGCCGGAAGGACCUCAAGGCAACAGCUGCUGCGAAGCCCAGCAGCAGCAGCAGCACCAAGCCUUCGCUGAGCUCUUUGGCUGCGCGUCGCGCUGCGCUGAAGGAGAAGCGAAAGCAGCAACGCGGCGGCCAUUUCACAGAACGCAGUGGUGCCGAGUUUAAAGCAAGGAAAGCAAAGGGAGAUGUAAAAAAGAAGGCAGGAGUGGAUCCUUACGCCUACAUAAAACUCAACAGAGGAAUACUCAAAGAGAAAUACAGAGCCCAGGCACUCAGGGACGGGAUGAACCCUAUGCCUUCUUGCAGAAUCAAAAGGACAACACUUACGUUCACUGAAGUCGGUGAUGAACAAGGACAAGAGGAAGAGAGGAAUCAAACUAAUCAAGCUCCGGAAGGGCCGAACAACGCGCCGCUGACGCACCGCCUUAUCUGCCUUCUCUUCCUCCUUUCAUUCGACAACAUCAAAUGCAAACUCCCAGCAGCAGUAUCCUUCGACUAG